CAAAGUUAACGAGGUCUCUGAGGUCUGUCCGCCUAGUUAUCAUGAGGCUGUGGCCUGCCUCCAAAAUGUCCAACGACCCCCUCGCGUGAUCCCGCCUCGAAUGCAGGCGCAGAGCCAUCCGGGGCCGUUGUGAGUCCUGUUGUUUCUCCUUUGUGAAAAUACCUUCAUGUGCAUGGCGUAGGAUGGUUCAGCCAAAUUUAAGCCUUGACCAGUCUCCAUUCCCCAAGCAGCUGCGUGUAGAACCAUUGAUGGGUCAGCCAAAUCCAAGCCUAGACCAUUCUCCCUUCCCAAAGCAGCUGGGUAUUCCUGUGUCUUCUACGACUGGACCGAGACCACACACGAUAAACAAUGCAGAAUCAACACGACAAUACUCCAGUCCAUUGUUACCUUGCCACAAUCCACGUUCACCUGAACCUGAAUUGGAUAUUAAGGCCGCGCUGUCUGCCCAAGGUAUUCACAUUGGUAUUCCAUUGAGUACCCCACACCUGCAAUCUCCUACUGAUCAAGUUGAACCUCGUCUUCACGUUAAUAAACAUACACUGCCCACAGGCCCCACACCACCAACUCCGGCAGCACUCAUGUCUCCUCAUGUUGAUGACCCAUGUGUUCAGAAGGAGUCCCCUCGACCCCUGCGAGACAAUCCGGAUGUAAAGAUGCGAGCGCUGAGUGGCCCGAAUGCUCCACCUGAGCCACCUAAGCGACCCCCGGGUUUACAGUCGCCUGCUGUCCGAAGUGGCACGUUGGUACCUGCACUGUCAGUCCGCGUCAGCCUUCCUCCACCUUCCAAGGCGAAGGUAGUAGCCAAUCUCCUUGGGCUUUCGGGAAAACCGAUUAGUAAUCAAUCUUGUAGGAAAUGACUCGCAAUGUACAGUCUGCCGAAUCAUCCGGACCCGAGAUCUUAGUCGUAGGUGUUGAAACUGUCACAAUUAAACCAGAUGCCCCCGAAACUCCAAUAUCGCCUAUCACUUCAAGUAGUGUCAAACUGCCAUCCGUUCAAGAGAGAUUACAGCCUUCAAGCCUGACACCUACCCUUAAAGAAUCAUCUGCCCCUAUGCAAUCGAAUGCUGCUACGGAGGAUACGCCAAGUUCGUCAAGUUCAGGCGAGGAGGAAAUGUGCAGGAAUUGGUUCUUUGGUGUCUGUGACAAUGAAUGCCACUACGCCCAUAGAAUAAUACCCAGCAAUCGCACCUGCCACCUUUGGCUUUAUAGGAAAAAUUGUACGCGGCAGCAGUGUCCUUUCGCGCACGGGCGUCAGGCAAGUUCGACACCAUCAUGAUUUGAUC